AUGCUGUCUUUAAAAUCUUACAAAAUAGGGGUAAAUUUGAGCGCGAAAUAUCAUUUGACAUUGAGUGGGAUGGUAUACAAUUCAAAACAUUAGUUUCAAAUGAAAGUAAAGUGUUUUUAAUUGAAUCUGAAAAAAUGGACGUAUUUGGUGACGAUAUUGACAGUAUACUGGGUAACGAUGCCUUAAACAAAAAUAUCGGCAGUGGUGCUGAAAACGAGGAUGGAAAUAAUUCCGACACAAAAGAUGAGGAAGGUACUUCCAAACCGGUCGAUCCGAAGCGCCGGACGAUUCGAAAACCGCAGUUACGAUUGAACGUAGAACGAAUGAUUGGCGCUGAACGAGGCGUACACACACUGGAAAAGUAUUUUCAAGGCAUAAAGUAUAGCGGCAAAGGUCACGAAAAGGAAGAUUUGGACAACGUUCUGAAACGUAUGGAACACUGGGCCCAUCGACUAUAUCCGAAAUACAAUUUCAAAGAUUUUCUGGCCACUGCCGAACAGUUGGGUAAAAAGAAGCAAUUGCAGACGCACAUGAAUCGCUAUCGGCAAGGAAUGCUUGAAUUGACUGUGAAACCUGUUGUGGAAGAUGAACCGGAUGAAAUGGAAGUGGUUGAUCAACCAUUCGACGACAUUGACGAAUUGCUCGGACAACAAAUCGAGAAAUACAAAACCGCCCCAUCCGCCACCAAAGCCAACAACACAACUUUCGAUUCGAUGCGAUCGAGUGUAAUUACGACGCCAAAAUUCAUGGGCCGAAGACCAAUGGAAGCUUCCACACCGAUGUCGCCAAUGGGAUGUCGACCGCUAGAUGAAACGCCGAUACCGAUUCCAUCGCAACCAGAUACUCCCCGGCCACAAUUGACUGCAGAGCAACGGGCAAUGAUAGCAGAAAAUCGAUUAAAAGCUUUGGAAAGACUGAAAGCAAGACGUGAAGCGGCUGCUGUUCAAACUACCAAUGAGACAGUAGCACCAAGCAACGAUAGUAAUAAUAGCGAGCCUUUGUAAUUUAUUUAGUUUACUUGGAUGCGUAGAAAUUAAACUGAAAAUAUUUCAACAA